AUGGAAGUGUCUAAUGAAAUAAAGGAAGAUAUUCGCAAAACUCAGUCAGACUUGAAAAAUGCUAUCAGACUUCAUCAGAUUUGGGUUGCGCGUCUCCAAGAAGAUGAAGAUAACUUGCACCUGAAGUCCAAAGUUAAAGAAGCUGAAAAAGAAAUAAUUGCAAUAGGCCAAAACCAAAAAUUAGUGGUUGAGAGAUUGAGAAAAGAAUUAGAACUGUAUCAACAGAGGCUCAAAUCAAGAAAUAAGCAAGUUAGUUUAGAAAAUGAAACCCGUUACAUAGCUCAGCAAUUACGGGAUCACCAGAUACAGUACCGCAAUAGAAACAGGUCCAUAUCAUUAUUGAAACCCUCAGUACUCAAUGAAAUAUUAAUCAAAGCUGAAAACACAGAUGAUAUAAAUAAUGUUUCUGAUUCAGAAAAUGAAAUAAAAUCUUUUACUGAGAAAGAGAACUCAAAUGUAAGUGAGACCGAUGAUAAAGACAAAUAUCAAAGAAGUUUCUCUCAUUUUCCUCAUAAUGUAAAUGAUGGCAACAGUUUUACAAAUGCACUUAACAAGGCCAAGGAAGCAUUCAUAGGUACUAAGGUUGAACAACAAGAAGAAUGGCAAGAACAUAGAUCAGAUUCGGAAUCAUCACAAGGCCCCCAGCCAUCUCCUACACCAUCACCUCCGCCGUUGCCAGGGCCUGGAGAGCCAGUAUCUAAAGAAAUUUUCUUAAGAUUAAUAGGCCUGAUUACACAUGCUCAGAAGGAACUGUUGGAAAAGAAAAGAAAUGAACGUCGUAAAAGAGCCACCACUAGUACAAAUAGGAAUGAUUUUCUUUAUGGAAAUUUUGAAAUGAUGCCUAAGCGCAAAAAGUAUAAUCAGUUUCCAUAUCUUCAGUCACACAGCGACCCUCCACAAACCCGUUCAGCAAAGUUGAGGAAACAACAGAAUCAAAACAAAUCGUCUCGCGAAGGAUCGCCAUCAGGAUCCUCCUCGGAAAAUAAAGGUUGGGGUAACAACAAGCCAACUUGGAUAACGGCGUUACCGGCCGGUCUAUCGGUGGAACCAGUGUAUUCUCAGACCAAGAAAGUCUGCCAUGGCUGUGGAAGGAAUGACGUGCCGUCGCUGCUGGUGUGGUGCACCUCGUGCUCGGUGUGGCAGCACACCGGCUGCGGGCCGGGCGGGCGCUGCGCCGGCUGCCGCUCGCCGCUGCCCGACCCCGCCGCCUGUCCGCCCGCGCAGCACGCGCUGUUGAGAGGUACGCCGCCGACGGUGUGGCCCGACGCGCUCGCGCUCGGCGGCGCCCCGCCCGCCGCCUGGCCGCGCGCUCUAAUGUCCGCAGAUAAGCUGGAAGAGCGGAAACGUUUGCAGGAGAAAAACAUAGAGCUCUGCGUGGAACUGCGCAAACUGGAAGCGCGGGCGGCCACGCUGAAGGAGAACUUGGACGAGCACAAUGCCGAGAAGCGACAACUCCUCGCCGACCAGAUCAAGACGCAGAGAAACCUCCAGAAGCUUCUGGACUUCAUAAGUCAAUUUAAAGAGACGUCCAUCAGCAUCCGUUCCACAUCGGUUAGUGAAUCUGGGAGUGAAUUGAGUAAAAGCAAUGAGGAA